GCUGUCACAGAUAUAAACAAGAAUUUGUUAGUUGUUUCGCAAGGGCAAGGUCCUUUUUUUAUAAAUUUAAAGCAUCGGCUACUACAAUAACCAUUGGGGUAUAAAUCAUGGAUAUGAUACUGGCCAAUGUUAACCACAUAUACUUUAAAGUGGAACGGGAUCUAACGGAGCAAGUAGGUGCGGUACCAUUGCCGUUUUUUGGCAUGGACAAAUCUGUGGCAGCGGUUUGUCAGUUCUUGAACUCUAAAAAUGGUGAAGAGUGCACGAAGGGCGCUAUGUGCCCAUUUCGUCACAUUCGUGGUGAUCGGACUAUUGUUUGUAAACAUUGGUUGCGCGGUUUGUGCAAAAAAGGUGAUCAGUGCGAGUUCCUACACGAAUUUGAUAUGAAAAAAAUGCCGGAGUGUUACUUCUAUUCACGUUUCAAUGCCUGCCAUAAUAAGGAAUGUCCAUUUUUGCAUAUUGAUCCUGAAAGCAAAAUAAAAGACUGUCCCUGGUAUGAUAGAGGCUUCUGUCGCCAUGGACCACAUUGUAGACAUCGACACGUAAGAAGAGUUCUGUGUAUGAAUUAUUUAUCUGGAUUUUGUCCCAAUGGAUGGAGUUGUAAACACAUGCAUCCACGGUUUGAGCUUCCGCCAAGUGCUGAAUCGAGUAAAGAACAAUUUCAAAAGAAGAUACCAACAUGCCAUUUCUGUGGGGAAUUUGGACAUAAGGCUUCGAUGUGCAAAAACAAUCCAGACAAUACAAUCGAUCAGCAAACAAACCGUCAAACGGCGAAUGUCCGAUUUUCUCAUUAUUCUGGGCAACUAAACCCGGUGAAUAUUCAACCAAAUAAAGACACCCAAGAAGCUGCAAACAGUAAUGCUAGUACAAAUGAAAAUGUAGAUUCAUCGACAAAUCCACGACAAUCAAGCAAUGGACCUCCAAUGUAUCAGAAAAUUUCCAAACCAUUGGAGGAAAUCACCUGUUACAAAUGCGGGCACAAAGGCCAUUAUGCGAACAAAUGUCCUAAGGGACAUUUGGCAUUCCUUUCAAAUCAAAGAAGUCACAAAUGAUAUUUCAUUAAUUAAUUUUUAUUGAACGUUUGCUAGAAUAUUCGGAUUGUAAAAAUCAAAAAUAUGUAUCUAGGAUUUAAUGUAUAAUAAAUUCCUUAAAAAAGGAGAACAAUAUUUUUUU